UCUGGCCUUGCGUGCUGACCCCAGAAAACAUGGCCUUCAGUGGAACAUGGCAGGUUUAUGAGCAGGAGAAUUAUGAGGAAUUCCUCAAAGCCAUCUCACUAUCAGAGGACAUCAUUAAGAUAGCCAAAGACAUCAAACCAGUGAUGGAGAUCCAGCAGACCGGCAAUGACUUUGUCAUCACUUCCAAGACUCCUGGAAAAUCAGUCACUAACUCUUUCACCAUUGGCAAGGAGGCUGAAAUCACCACCAUGGAUGGCAGAAAACUCAAGUGCACUGUGAAGAUGGAGGCAGGAAAACUUGUGUGUCAGACUGAAAAGUUCUCACACGUGCAGGAGAUCAAGGGAGGAGAGAUGAUUGAGACUCUUACUGUAGGAGGGACUACCAUGAUCAGGAAGAGUAAAAAGUUGUGAUGGAACUUGUCCAGUGUAAAACGUAUUUUAGUUUGAAACUAUUUAAAUAAACAUUCCUUUGAUCAAAAGUACUUGUAUCUCAGUCCUUUGCCCUCAGAAUCAAAGGUUCUUUUUCAAUACUCUGUCGUUUGUAUAUAUUAGUUUAUAGAUGACAUCACAUGUCAUCAUUGGUUUAUAGUUAAAAGAAUAGUACUAUAUACCAUCUAAUUAAAUGGUAACA